GGACUGCCACCGGCACAAUUCCUUCUACACUCUUGUCAUAUUCUGACUACAUAUCUCGUCCUGAUGACCAUACCAGCCUAAUUCGCUUUCAUAAGGAUGAGAAGGAGAAAAUAUGCCGGGUCAUAAUUAUUGAUGAUUCACUUUAUGAGGAAGAUGAAAUAUUUAAUGUCACAUUAAGUAUGCCUCUGGGUGGAAAAAUUGGAGCUGCAUUUCCAACUACUAAAGUCGUCAUUUUAGCUGAUAUAAAUGAUCAACCUGCUUUUUAUUUUGGUGGCACUGAAUAUUACGUUGCUGAGAGUGCUGGCUAUGUAGAAGUUCGUGUUUGGAGAACUGGAACAGACUUGUCUAAAGCAGCCACUGUAACUGUGCGUUCCAGGAAAACUGAACCAGUAUCUGCAGAAGCUGGAGUUGAUUAUGUUGGCAUAAGCCAAAACAUGGAUUUUGCUCCUGGGGUAAACAUGCAGACUUUUCGUGCAAUUAUCUUGGAUGAUCUAGGACAGCCCGUUCUUGAAGGCCCAGAAAAGUUUGAACUUGUUCUACAGAUGCCAAUGAAUGCAGUGCUUGGAGAGCCAAGCAAAGCUACUAUUAUCAUAAAUGAUACCAUCACUGAUUUACCCAAAGUUCAAUUUAAGGAACCACUCUACAUUGUGAAUGAAAAAGAUGGUCAGGUGGAAGCUAUAAUCUUACGAAGUGGAGAUGUUAAUCAUAAGUCUACUGUCCGCUGCUACACUCGCCAAGGUUCUGCCCAGGUUAUGUUGGACUAUGAGGAGAGACCAAACACAGAUGAUUCAAUAAUAACAUUCCUACCAGGAGAGAUAGAAAAACCCUGUUUUGUGGUUUUGGAAGACGAUGCUAUCUAUGAAGAGGAGGAAGAGUUCAGACUGGUGCUUGGAACUCCAAAAAGUACCUCUUUGUUUGGUGCUUCCAUUGGGGAGCCAAAAGAAGUGCUGAUGAAAAUUAAGGAUGAAGAAGACAAACCAAUGAUUAAAUUCUCUGAGGUGAAAUACAACAUUCAAGAACCGCAGCAACCUGGAGAGAUUGCAGUUUUAAAGAUCUCAGUCUUGCGACUUGGAGAUACUUCCAAAGUUUCUAUUGUAAGAAUUCAUACUAAAGAUGGCUCAGCUGCUUCUGGAGAAGACUAUAAUCCAAUGUCUGAGGAUAUUGAAUUUAAAGAAGGAGAAACUGAGCACUUUGUUGAGGUUGAAGUUUUGUAUGAUGGGGUGAGAGAAAUGCGUGAAGCAUUUACAGUGCAUUUGAAACCUGAUGAGAAUAUGGUGGCUGAGACACAGAUGAGUAAAGCCAUUAUAUACAUUGAAGAAAUGGAUAGCAUGGCAGAUGUGACUUUCCCAGCUGUGCCACAAGUUGUAACACUUCUGUUGUAUGAUGACACUGCCAAAAGCAAAAUAAAUCCCCAGCCUCCCAAUGGAUAUCCUAUUGUGUGUGUAACGGCGUGCAACCCCAAAUACUCAGAUUACGACAAGACUGGAUCUAUUUGUGCUGCUGAAAACAUCAAUGACACAAUGACCUUGUAUCGUUGGCUUGUAAGUGCCCCAAGUGGCAUGGAUGGUGUGACCAGCCCUAUGCGUGAAGUGGAUUCCAAUACUUUCUUCACUAACACCAAAUCAAUUGCUUUAGACUCCAUCUAUUUCCAAGCAGGAUCCAGGGUUCAAUGUGCUGCACGUGCUGUCAAGGCCAAUGGAGAUGUGGGCUUAGAACUGUUGAGUCGCAUCCACGUAAUAAAUAGAGAGGAAGGUCUGUGCCAACCACGUAUUCUGGGUACAGUUGGAGCAGAGCCUUUCUCAGCCAAAAUUCAUUACAUGGGUCCUGAUGAUCCUGACUAUCCAAACCUGAUCAGGUUUUCGGUUACCAUGCCUCAUAUAGAUGGAAUGUUGCCAGUAAUCUCAACCAAACCUUUGUCCAACUUUGAGUUGACAUUGAGUCCAGAUGGCACUCGUGUAGGCAAUCACAAAUGCUCCAAUCUCUUGGAUUAUAAUGAAAUUGAAACAAAACAUGGCUUCAUCACAGAUGAUAUCAAGAACCCAGAAGUGAUUGGAGAAACUUCACCCUAUCAAUACAGUGGUAGCAUACGAUCAUCUAAGACUUUACGUUUCUAUCGUAAUCUCAACCAGGAGGCCUGCCUGUGGGAAUUUAUCAGUUAUUAUGAUAUGUCAGAACUGGUAACUGACUGUAGCGGCUCCAUUGGGACAGAUGGUCAGGUGUUGAAUCUGGUUCAAUCAUAUGUCACUCUUCGAGUGCCCCUCUAUGUAUCCUAUGUCUUCCAUUCACCUGCAGCAGUUGGGGGCUGGCAACAUUUUGACCUGCAAUCUGAGUUGAGGCUCACCUUUGUGUAUGAUACUGCCAUUCUGUGGAAAGAUGGCAUUGGAAGUCCACCAGAAGCAGAACUGCAAGGGUCUCUUUACCCAACCAGUAUGCAAAUGAAUGAUGAAGGGCGAUUGGUGGUCCAUUUCAGGACUGAAAUUCGAUUCAGGGGACAGUUCAUAAUAUCCCAUCCAGGUACUUCUCUGACUUCUAUGGUGAUGUCAUCUGAUCAUCCUGGCCUUACAUUCACAUUGACCCUUUCUCAAAGUGAGCAAACCUUCAAUCAGCCAAUGCAGCAAUGGAAAUUUCUUUCCGAUUUUGCUGUACGUGACUAUUCUGGCACUUAUACUGUGAAACUUAUCCCCUGUGUUGCCACACCCAGCCAAGAAUAUACCCAGCCUGUCAUCUGCAGCCCACGGGAGCCAAUCACUUUUGAUUUAGAUAUCAGGUUCCAGCAGGUCAGUGACCCAGUAGCUGCUGAAUUUAAUCUCAAUACUCAAAUGUUUCUGCUAUCCAAGAAAGAUCUUUGGUUGUCUGAUGGCUCUCUGGGAUUUGGAGAAGAAACUGAUGUCUCAUUCACAGAGGGUUCAGAAAUCUACGGUCGUGUCCUGGUGGAUCCUGUUCAGAAUUUAGGGGAGUCUUUCAUCUGUAACAUUGAGAAGGUGUUCUUAUGUACAGGGGCCGAUGGGUAUGUUCCCAAGUAUAGUCCAAGUAACAAAGAAUAUGGCUGUCUAGCUGACUCACCUUCCCUAUUGUACAGAUUCAAAAUCCUGGAUAAAGCUCAACCAGAUACACAAGCAAAAAUGUUUGGAAAUAUGGCAUUCCAUGCCAAACUAGCAGUUGAUCACAUUGAUGGCUAUCCUUUGGUAAAGCAACCUGGUUCUGAUGGAUUCAGCCUGCUGUCAACUCCAUUAUUCCAGGUAGCAGUGGGUCGAGAGUGGUACAUCCACACCAUCUACAUGGUUCGAUCACGUGAAAAUGCUCAUAGGGGCCUUGGAAAAAGAAGUAUUGAAGAUCACCAUGCUUUAUCUUGCAAUAACAGUAGCUCACAUCUUAGUCGAUCUCGGAGAGCUAUUUCUGAUAUUCCUGCUCUCGCCCAAGAUAUUGGUGCUGAUAAGAAUAGAGGAACAAAUAUCCAGCAUAUAGUUCUUGACCGAUCUAAUAAAAUUAUACUCAAGCAAAAAGAAUGGUCUCCAGCAGGUAAACCUUAUGAAAAGCCAAUCCUGCAAAUUACAGGAAGCAAUGCAGAAGACAAGAUAGUUCCCAUUAUUGGAGGUGCAAUUGGACUGUUGCUUCUUCUCUGCACUGUUAUAAUCAUUAUAUUACUUCUGAAGCGAAAAGGACAUUCAACUGAUGGAAAAACAAGCUCAUUUACCAAUCAUUCCAACAGUAAUGAAACUAUGACUACACAGCAGAGCAAUAGUGACAGCUCUGAAGUUUAACAACAUUGAUCGCUCUUUGAAGAUCCUACACAGUGGA